UGGCCGGAGAUUUUGAGUUUCCCGCAAGCUUUUGAUUCGACUUGAAUGAAAUCCCUCUGCUUUCCAGAAUGAAUACGGACAUGUAUCCACUAUAACGACCGAGAGGAGAUUCAACAGCCUGGAGGGGGUUGGAUGGGAUGGAUGGCAAAGGUAGCUCCCUGCCUUCAAUGCCAGAACCUGCCAGCCCAAUCAACAUGAAGCAGCCGUCAGAGUCCCUCAGUGUUCGGAAAGGAGGGGGGGACAUGAGCAAUGACCCUGCUUUACUAAUGGACAAAGCUGCUGCUCAGCUAGCCGCCACACUACAGGAUGGCCUUCAGAAGAUGGCUGGCCACAAUCAUAUUACCCACAGCCACGAGAGGCUCAAAGAUCUCACCUCCAUUAUGCUGAAUGGCGACCAAGACACGCUGCCUAAGCUUUGUGCUCCAGAGCUACCUAUGCUUAAGGGCGCUGAAGCCCCUUCUACGAAUGGCACCCAUCAACAUAAUUGCACUCCUCAUACCGAACAUGAACUCAAGGAACAGCAGCCGCUGUUUGAGCAAUGUUGUGCCAAUGGGACCAGUUUGGCCACGGCCACCGAAGGUACUUUAUCAGGACCUGAGAAGAGACAGGACUCAAAGAAAAGGAGGGGGGGACCUCACAAACCAAACCUACCUGCUAUCCCUGUGGAGCCACUUGACCUCACCAAAGCUGUAGAUGGAUCAGCUGAAAAGCUUGAACUCAUUGAAGAGUUUCCGCAGGAUAAAAAAGAAUCCCCUCUGCUGAUCCGGUUUUCUAUUGGUGAUUUGGUUUGGACCAAAGUGUCAGGAUACCCCUGGUGGCCUUGCAUGGUGACCACAGACCCAGAUUUCAACACUCACAUUAAACAGAAACAGAAAGCCAUCACUACCAGGUAUGGCCUCCUCUACCACGUGCAGUACUUUGGAGACGCUCCAGAGAGAGGCUACAUCUUUGAGAAGAACAUGGUGACCUUUACUGGGGAAGAUCAAUAUGAGGAGCUUAUCCAGCGCAACAAACGGCCAGCCUCCCGUGAGAUUCACAAAAAGACGGCUCCCUCUGUGCCCCGUAAACUCCAGGUUCAGUGGAACAUGGGUGUCAUGCAGGCUAAGGAGGCCAUCAGCAUGUCACAGCACGAGCGCAAAGUGAACUUCACAUUUCUGUACGAUGAGGACGGUCCCCACCUGAACUCCUGCAUCCUGGAGAAGUUGAAGCCAGAACCGAGCAACGAGCAGGCCCAGGAGACAGAAUCAAGACUCAGCCCAGAACCUCCCUUCCUGAUGUUGGGCGGCGCCGCCGACCCCAUAGCCGCCCCUCAAUCCCAAGAAAGCACUUCAACAGAGAAAAAGACACGAGCACCCAGAAAAAAACUCAGCUCAGGAGGAAGCCGAAGAACGGGCAAAGACCUUCUAAAAAAUGUAUUAUCGAAAAAACUGCUGAAAAAGACACUUUCUUCCAAAGAUGUGAUUCAUCCGCAGCCAGCCUCACAGGAUCCUACCACUUCUGCACCAGAUCUGGAAGCUGAAUCAGUCAUACCUCAGAAGAAAAAGCGAAGACCCCGACAGCCUCAGUCUCCCACAAAGAUCGUGAGGAGACACAAAAAAUCUACAACGGACACAACUGCCCCAGUAAAGAAAAGGAAAUCGAAGCUGGUUUCUUCGACAGACAAUAUCUCAGAGCCAGUCUCACUUGCCGUUUCAGUUCCAGUCAAGAAGCAGCGAAAGAGGACUCCUAAAAGCCCACCAACAGAUGCUACGGCAGACAAGGCUCAGCCGCCCAAAAAGAGACUUAGAACCACCAAAGAAGUUGAAAAACAGGCUUUGUCUACAGAAGGAACUGAACAAAAGCGGAGAAGAAGAAAGAAAACGGACAAAGAUGUAACAGAACCCAAGAAGAGACUCCCAAAGUCAAAAGCUCUCCUCACUGUUUAUUUAUGGCACCCCGUUGGAUCUGACGUCAUCUGA